AUUCAUUUUAUUAUACUUGCGUGUGUCGACUGCAAUAAGUUGACAACCGCAUUGUGUAUGGAGGUUAUCCAAAACUUGCAUUAUCAAUUGGCUGCGUUCGACAGAAAAAGUGCAACCGUUGUAAAAAUUGUGAAUCUGAUUGGCGAUGCGCUUAAUUUUAAGUAAAUCUAAAUACGCCAAUCACGAAUUUUACAACGGUUGCAAAGCAGCUUUUUCUGCCGAACCCAGCCAAUUGUGUCGUUAUUUGGGUCAACAGGGUUUCUGUAAUGGUAAUCGCAUCGAAACGUCCGUGCACGGUAGUGUAAUACAGGACUGCAUCGCGAUUAUAUUGACUCGUCAACUGCGAAUCACCAUGAGGAGCCAGUCGAACUGGUCGAGCUGUGGAUUCGCGAUAUAUUACAGGGGUUUGCGUACGCAAAGAAUACUGUUGUGCGGAUUCGCGAUGAUCUUCGGCAUCGUUUAUCUGUGCACAAAUUGGCACGCGAGUGACAAGGAUGUAUCCUUGAAGCAGCUUCUCGCGGCCGCGAUAAGAGCCGCGGAAAUCGGGGGAUUCGAAGUGGUGGCGGUGCACGAUCAGAUUAAAUUCAAAAUCGAGAGUAAGGGCCAGACAAAAGAAGGAGUUAAUGAUCCAGUGACAUCAGCGGAUUACAAUUCGCAUUGCGCCAUGUAUCUUUCUUUAACAAAAGCAUUCCCAGGUAUUACUGUGAUAUCCGAGGAAGUGUCAAAGGACUGUGACAAGAUUAAUGUAAAAAAUAUUAAGAAUUCUGUUAAGAACAUUGCUAAUGAUGAUGUUCCACUUGAUGAUGUUCCACUUGAUGAUGUUGUGAACAUUAGUGAUAUCACAAUUUGGAUAGAUCCUCUUGAUGCUACCAAAGAGUUUACAGAGAAUUUACUGCAAUAUGUGACUACUAUGGUGUGUAUAGCUGUCAAAGGUCAACCAGUCAUUGGUGUUAUAUAUAAACCCUUUGAAACAAAGCAGGAUUAUAAUUUAUACUGGACAUGGACCAAUCACGGUAUAUCAAAAAAUUUGAAAAAUUUAUCCAAGACAAAGGAUAAUAAAACACCAGCCCUGAUUGUAUCUCUUUCACAUGCUGGACAAGUUAAAAAUGCAUCUAAAACUGCCUUUGGCAAUAACGUUGAAAUUAUUUCUGCUGCUGGCGCAGGGUAUAAAUUCUUGGAGGUAGCUGUUGGCAAUGCAACGGCGUACGUUCAUACAACGGCGAUAAAAAAAUGGGACAUAUGUGCAGGCACAGCGAUCUUGAGCGCUUUAGGAGGAACCAUGACGCAGUUGUACGAUCAACAACCCAUCGAUUUUGGCGCUAAAGAUCUCAAAGUACUUAAGAAUGGUCUUCUAGCAACUAUGAGCGAUCAUAUGUGGUAUUCCGAAAAAUUCUUGCGUCACUUUCCUGACUCUCAGAUUCCUCAUUAAUUAAAUGUGCAAUAAACAAAUCAAAGAUUUUAAAGUUUUGUCUGUCGAAGUGAUAAAGAUGCCAGUUCCAAGUUAAGAAAGAUACUGAUACGUAAGAGAUUGCAUAUCUUCCAAUAGCUGUCAUAAAUAUUUAUUCCAAACAAUAAACUCUUGUCGCCAGGAUAAUUAACAAUAUAACUUCUUCUAUCGACUACACUGGCACCCUUUAUUAAGAUCAAAACAGGAACACAACGUUUCGGUCGGUAUUCCGAUCCUUCUCAAGUGUACAAACAGAAUUAAAAUCAAAGUCUUUUUCUGAAAAAACCACAAGAAAGAGAAGCAUCUAAGGAAAAGAGAGAUAGCGGAAAUGAUAUUUAUCAGAGGACAUCAUAAUGCGAUUAAUUUACAAAAAGAUACGGAGAGUUUGCCAAGGGUAUAUGAGACUAUUUUGACAAAUACUUAGAUGUUUCCGUUGAAUCUCACUUGUUUGCUGAGCACUGAUAGCUGUGGACGUGUUUCUCGACAAGUCCGUAUUAUAUUCGUGAACGACCUUGUUCAAGUUUUUUUCUGCCAGUAGGUUGAAUUUAUGUUAUUUUUAUCUUGUUCAUAUUUGAAUCAGAGAUUAUAUUGUUUUUUCAGAAAAAGACUUUGAUUUUAAUUCUUUUCAUCAUCAUUGUAAGAAACAAAUUUCUCAUAGCUGUAUGAAAAUAUAUAAAAUAAAUGAAGCUGUAACGGU